AUGAACAAUCCUUGGUAUGUAGAUGAUCCUAGUCCAUCGAAGAAUGAAAAUUUGGUGUAUGCUCAUGGUACAAUCAUGGUUAUUUCUUGGAUGUUACUAGCCUCCACCGGUAUAUUGUUUGCUCGAUAUGGACGUCACUUACGACUUAGUGGAAGACGAAAACUACUUGGAGACGCAAUAUGGUUUCAACUUCAUCGAUUCAUUCUUUGCAUGGUUACCGUUGCAACAUUACUUGGUUUCUUUCUUAUUCUAAUAAAAGAGAAAGGUCAAUGGGUGAGUGCCGCUAAAGACGGAGGCCAUAUUUUCGCGCAUUCCGUUCUUGGUGCUAUUAUUGUUUGUUGUGCUUUAUUACAAGCAUGGCUCGCCUUGUUUCGUUGCAAUACCGACAGUUCUUUUCGCCCAAUUUUCAAUUGGCUUCAUCGAAGCAUGGGAUAUCUGGCAUUUUUUCUCUCUGUACCUACUAAUUUUCUUAUUGUAACAGAGUCGAAAGUGCUACCUAUGCAACAGGAUGGCCUUAUUGCUAUUCUUUCACUUUGGUCUGCCUGGAUUGUUAUUGUGGUCAUUCUCUUUGAAAUUGUGGAAUAUCGUGAUCGACUGAACUCGAAAAUGGGAAUCUAUCGUGUUGCUCGAAAUGAAUUGAUGGGUCAAACUACGUCACUGAAAAGAAAAAUGGACAAUAACGAUGGUGCAAACAUUCGUUCUUUAAACGAAGUUAAACUAUUCUUAUUUCUUUUACACAUUAUCGUGGCUGUUUCUUUAACAAUUCCACUUGUCGUUAUUAUUUGGCUACAAAAUUAG